CAUUCAAAAAAGAGAGGCCAAAAUAAAAAUUCGUUGCGAUAUCUCAGAAGAGACCCGUCUUUUGCCUAAUAUCUCUGUGAUUGAUAAAUUAUUCAGUAGCAAAAUGACUCUCCAGUGUCUGAUUAGGCGAACCCACAUCAUUAUAGCAUCAACGGCUAAAUACACCAGUUCGCAUUUCGUCUACAGAGGAAUAUCUCAAGUUAAAAUGGAGCAAAAUCUUGUGGCUGUAGAGGAGGCGAAGAGAUUCGUCAAGGAUUGCUUCGUGGCAGCAACAGUGAAGAGUGAAAAUGCUCAGGCAAUGGCAGAUCUACUCAUCGAGGCGGAUUUUCGUGGACACUUUAGCCAUGGAAUGAAUCGAUUGGAGAUGUACAUCAACGAUCUGAAGGAGGGAACGACGGAUGGCAAUGCAGUACCAAAGAUCUUAAAUGAGACUCCAGCAACUGCCUGGGUUGACGGGGCUCAUGGAUUGGGAGUGGUUGUGGGGAACUUCUGCAUGGACCUCGCCAUAAAGAAGGCAAAGACAGUUGGAGUGGGAUGGACUUGCGCAAAAGGAUCGAAUCAUUAUGGGAUUGCUGCGUGGUAUACUCUUCGUGCCCUUAAUGAGGGUCUCGUCGGGAUAUCCAUGACCAACACUUCUCCCCUCAUGAGCCCAACAAGGAGCAAAGAAGCAGCCCUGGGCACCAAUCCUCUGUCUCUCGCUGCACCAGGAAGCAACGGGGACAGCUUCAUACUCGACAUGGCCACCACAGCAGUCGCUGUUGGGAAAAUCGAGAUGCAGCGGAGGAAGAAUGAGCCAAUUCCCAAGGGCUGGGCGCAGGAUCCUUCGGGCCAGCCAACAACAGACGCCAGUGUGGCCUUCGAAACUGGCUGCUUGAUGCCUUUGGGCGGGGAGGAGCUCACCUCGGGCUACAAGGGCUACGGCUUGGGAGCUCUGGUUGAGGUAAUGUGCGGCAUCAUGAGUGGCUCCAACUACGCCUCAAACAUCCGUAAGUGGACUCACGCUGGAAACGAUGAGGCCGCAAAUCUCGGUCAAUGCUUCAUCGCAGUGGAUCCGAACUGCUUCGCUCCCGGAUUCUCCGAUCGUCUCACAGAUUUGAACAGACUCUUGCGUGAUUUACCACCGUCCGACCCUGAGAAACCCGUUCUCGUCGCCGGUGAUCCCGAGAAGGCGCACAUGGCGAAAGUCAAGAAGAGCGGUGGAAUUAAUUACCAUGAGAAUCAACUCAAAACCUGCGACAAUCUCGCGAAGCGACUCAAUAUUGAACCCCUCCAGUUCACCAAAUAA